UAUUGUGCGUCGCGUUGUAGCCUCCGCUUCCCGCUUUGGUGUCUAAGGAGGAAGGCUGCGUUUCAUUGCCGCCCCCGGGCUUAACCCUUCCGGCUCCUCACAGGACAGCAAGCCGGCUCCCUUGGACUAGGAAAAACUCUCAGCAGCUGCCGGACCCGGGUAACGAAACCCUAGGGUACAAGGAAGACAGUUGAACAGGGAGCCUGAGCGCACAGGCUAGGAUUUCGAGCUUUGCAGGGGCGGGGCGGAGGCGCUGGCUUUAAGAAGGGGGAGGGGACAGUGCAAUCCCGGUUGCCCGCGGAGUUCGGCAAAGGAAAUCUUCAGCUAGCUCUGGAGCGAGGAGAGAGGAGAGGCGGUUCCCAGCCCCAGUGCUCACCCCCGCCUACACCCUGGGCGGGCCGAAGUGUCACGUUUGCAAGUGCUCAGGAAGGAUCCGGCCCGUCUCCGGAGGCAAGACGGACUGCGGUUUCUGCUGCCUAUAAGGAGAGGCGAUGCCAAGCGGGUAUGCUGCUUACUAGGCAGCACCCUGCCAGGAUCCAGCUGCAUUAGUAAGCCUUCCCAGUCACCUGAAACCACCGACGGGCGUUGUGUUCUUCGUACACACCAGCCAGUGGUUCCCAGGAGUCUCAUUGGAACAGAACCAUGGGGCAUCCUCCGCUGGAGUUCAGCGACUGCUACUUGGACAGCCCCGACUUCCGCGAGAGGCUCAAGUGUUAUGAGCAGGAGCUGGAGAGGACCAAUAAAUUCAUCAAAGACGUGAUCAAAGACGGCAACGCGCUUAUCAGCGCCAUGAGAAAUUACUCCUCUGCUGUUCAGAAAUUCUCACAGACGCUGCAGUCCUUUCAGUUUGAUUUCAUUGGAGACACUCUGACUGACGACGAGAUUAACAUUGCUGAAUCCUUCAAGGAAUUUGCUGAAUUGCUCAAUGAAGUAGAAAACGAAAGGAUGAUGAUGGUACAAAAUGCUAGUGAUUUGCUGAUCAAACCUCUGGAAAAUUUCCGGAAGGAGCAAAUAGGUUUCACAAAGGAGCGGAAAAAGAAAUUUGAAAAGGAUGGCGAAAGGUUUUAUUCUUUACUGGACCGGCACUUACAUCUGUCAUCCAAAAAGAAAGAAUCUCAAUUACAAGAGGCAGAUCUCCAGGUGGACAAGGAGAGGCACAAUUUCUUUGAGUCCUCCCUUGACUACGUUUAUCAAAUCCAGGAAGUUCAGGAAUCCAAGAAGUUCAAUAUUGUGGAGCCAGUCUUGGCCUUUCUUCAUAGCCUCUUCAUUUCUAACAGCUUGACUGUGGAACUCACACAGGAUUUCCUUCCAUAUAAACAACAACUCCAGCUCAGUUUGCAGAAUACAAGAAAUCAUUUCUCCAGUACCCGGGAAGAGAUGGAAGAACUUAAGAAAAGGAUGAAAGAAGCUCCCCAGACAUGCAAACUUCCAGGACAGCCAACCAUUGAAGGCUAUCUCUAUACGCAAGAGAAAUGGGCUUUGGGAAUAUCUUGGGUGAAAUACUACUGCCGUUAUGAGAAAGAGACAAAAACACUCACCAUGACGCCUAUGGAACAAAAGCCAGGUGCUAAGCAGGGGCCCUUGGACUUAACCCUGAAAUAUUGCGUGAGAAGGAAGACAGAGUCUAUCGACAAGAGGUUCUGUUUUGAUAUAGAAACGAAUGAAAGGCCAGGUACCAUCACUCUGCAGGCCCUUUCAGAAGCUAACAGAAGGCUAUGGAUGGAAGCUAUGGAUGGGAAAGAACCUAUCUACCACAGCCCCAUAACGAAACAGGAAGAAAUGGAGCUGAAUGAAGUGGGGUUCAAGUUUGUUAGGAAGUGUAUCAAUAUCAUUGAGACUAAAGGCAUCAAGACAGAAGGCUUGUACCGCACUGUGGGUAGCAAUAUUCAGGUUCAGAAGCUGCUGAAUGCCUUUUUUGAUCCCAAAUGCCCAGGAGAUGUUGAUUUUCAUAAUAGUGACUGGGACAUUAAGACAAUCACCAGCUCCUUGAAAUUCUACCUCAGGAAUCUUUCUGAACCUGUCAUGACCUAUAGGCUUCACAAAGAGCUGGUCUCUGCUGCCAAGUCUGAUAACCUGGAUUAUCGGCUGGGAGCUAUUCACUCCCUGGUUUAUAAGCUACCAGAAAAGAACCGUGAGAUGCUGGAACUUCUGAUAAGACACUUGGUCAAUGUAUGUGAGCAUAGCAAAGAGAAUCUUAUGACCCCUUCCAACAUGGGGGUGAUCUUUGGGCCCACCCUGAUGAGAGCUCAAGAGGACACUGUGGCUGCCAUGAUGAACAUCAAAUUCCAGAACAUUGUGGUUGAAAUCCUAAUUGAGCACUUUGGCAAGAUCUAUUUAGGUCCACCUGAGGAGAACACUGCACCCCCAGUGCCUCCACCUCGAGUGACAGCAAGAAGGCAUAAACCAAUCACGAUUUCAAAGCGAUUACUUCGAGAAAGGACGGUUUUCUAUACUUCUUCCCUGGAUGAAAUUGAAGAUGAAAUCCAACAUCAAACACCUAAUGGUACUAUCACUAUCAACCUAGAACCCCCGAAGCUGCCACAGCACCUCAAACUACCUAUGCAGAGGAUUGGGGAAGCUGAUCCUGGGAGGAAGUCCCCUAGCAGGCCUGUUUCAGAUGGCAAAUUGGAACCCUGCCCUGAGGUGGAUGUGGGGAAGUUGGUGUCUAGGCUACAGGAUGGAGGGACCAAGACUACCCCAAAGGCUACCAAUGGGCCCAUUCCAGGCCCUGGCCCCACAAAGACCCCUUCUUUCCACAUAAAGAGACCGGCUCCCCGGCCCCUGGCUCACCACAAGGAAGGGGACGCUGACAGUGUCAGCAAAGUGCGGCCUCCAGGAGAAAAGCCAACGAUCAUCCGUCCCCCAGUGAGACCCCCAGACCCUCCCAGCCGGGCAGCUACUCCCCAGAAGCCAGAAACAAAGCCAGAUAUUGUGACUGGCAAUGCAGGGGAAAUCCCAUCAUCCGUGGUGGCUUCCAGGACCAGGUUCUUUGAAACAGCUUCCCGGAAAACAGGAAGUUCUCAAGGCAGACUUCCUGGAGAUGAGAGUUGAGGCCACAGGUUUUAAAAUCCUUGGCCUCAGGGGAUCCUUUCCAGGUCCUGAAAGGGUCUACUUCAAAGCCUUGUGUCCUGAGACAUUUUGUGCUGAAGAGCAGCUCCUUCUUGGCCCUGCACCUUCAGGCUCAUGGGAAGCCAAAAAUAAGGGGCACAUGUCCUAGACACAUGUUUAUUUCUCCUUUGUAUUCUGUUUUCAUCCCCUCAGAAGGUCUGUAUUGAGCUCCUAUAACACUGUGAAUGGCUGGAUUCCUUCAAGCCCCAGACUGCCAAAACCAAGAUAUCCACUGACCUGAGUCAAAGAAGGAAGCCUAGUUUUCAACUCUUCUCUGAACUUCUUGCUUCCUCAAAAGGCCAUUGAACUCUAAAGACUUGGGGCUAAAGACUGGUCUUAGGAGUCUUGUCCUGAACUAAAGGCCACUUGAAUUGGAGUCAUUGCUUACCUUGGUUGAAAGGGAGUAGGAAUGUUUGCUGAAUAUUGGAGAAUCUUAUCAUGUCUCUUACUAAGUAUGUGGACACUGGUGCCAGGUUGGUGCUCUGGCACUGUAAUAUGUUGCCAACAGUCUGUCUGCUGUGGGACCAGACAGCAUGGGUGAUGCGUCUCACACCCCACAUGGACUUAGGAAGGUGGCCUUCCUGCUUUUGCCUACAGCCACUUAGGACAAAUCUGCAAAGCAUGUUUAGCAUGUUAAAGCCUAGGUCUAUUUGGAUUAUUCUUCCUGUUUUCACCUGACAGCUUCCUUUCUGAGCAAACAAGAAAAAUAUGAAAAAAAAACUACUCCAAAUUGAAAACAUUUCUUUAAAAAAGGCAGAUUGUGUUUGUCAUAUUGGAGCUCCAUUCUUGAGUCAAAUGCUAGGAAAAACUGUUAAGAUGGAGUGAGACCAAGUAGUUGUUGCUAUUUCUUCAUGUUUGCCUUCUGCUGAUCAGCUAUUUUAACUCCUGAAAAAUGUAAUUUUUAAUCCAGUGUCCAUGGAUUCAGAAACUCCAUGAUGCCCCUGAGAUGUUAUGCAUGAUUCUGUGGCAAUUUGCCUUUUCUGUGCCAACAGUUCAUAACAUUCUACUGAAUUUCAAAUGGGCCUAUGACCCAAAAAACAUUAAGAACCACACCUCACGAGAUAAAAUAAUCAUUUUACAACCCAUAAAGUAUUUGAUUAGAAGGGGUUUUCAAAAGUAUUGAAUCUAACAGCCUUGUAUACUGGCAGAGCAAGUUAGUGACAACAGCAGAACAAGAUCCCAGGUCCCUGGGCUGCUAUGUGGAGUUCUUUCCAUUACACCACACUUUUCUAGCCAGGGACCUUAUAGUUGAUGACUUUAAUGGCCGUCAGUUUGGGGAUUUGGCUUUUACCCUUUUUCUUGAGCCUUUCCACAUUUGCCACCAAGUGUAAAACUUCAAACCAUAAUCCUCUGAUUCCCUUCAUUGACCAUGUCAAUCAUUGGAAGGGAAUUAAAUCCAUGUAGUGGGUCAGAAAUCUAAGAAAUAGACAUUUCCAAAACCUGUUUAUUGAAGGGAAUCUUCUGGAAGGAGUGUCAGUGUUUUGUUCCCAGGCAGAUGCUGGGACCAUAGCCUGUCUUUAAGGUCCCUGUGUCUAUAACAUGGCCCAGUGUGGGAGGAAGGGCUUUCCUACUUGCACUCUUCUAACAUGGACCCACUAGUACACUGAUUGUUGUAUUGAGAUUAAAGCAUAAAUAUGGAGAGAGAGAAAAAAGAAACACAUACAUAUGCCCAAUCCAAACAAACUCUGAGAUGACUUUGGGAUGGUGUUACUAAAUGGCAAAAGUCACUUUUUUAAGACUGAACUCCAAACAUGGUUUAUAAGUGAGUUAGGAACAUGUAAGCUAAAUACAUUGAGAUCUUUUGUCAAAGUAAUUGAGUGGAAACUUGAUGCCAUUCUAAAUCAAAACAUGCCCAGAUGACCAUAUUGAACUCUCUCUACCCUACCUGUUUUGAAGGCCACGUUGCUAAGGAACCAGGAUCAAGAAAGUUAUCAUUUCACCUGCUGCUUACCCAAAAAAAAUCUCUGUGAGGCUUGCUGGUCUCAUACUGACUCCUGGUCUCUUGCAAUGUCCUGUUAUAUGACUGACUAAAACAGGUAGGUGUGCAGAAUUUGGCCACAAAACCAGUGGCCAAUGGAACCUCAGUAGCUUGGAAGAUGGUAGAGACAUGGUUUGACUAUAGUUUUUUGGGUGGAAAAUCCCACAAUCACCACUAUAAAAUUUGAAGAUUAUUGAGAGGCAGAGAAAGGCAUGGCAAUCCUAGUGGAAAGAUAUCCAGAAACUUGGUAGUGAGAUUGCUGUGUUGCCAGAUCAAGAUCCUAGCAUGAAAGAUUGGUACAACCAGUCUUACUGGAAGCCAAGUAAUAAUGGCUGAUGUUGCUUUGACCCUGUUCUGAGCUAUCCCCAAAGCAUGAACCACAUUGCUUCCCCUAGAACUCUGAUUUAAAAGCUUAAGACUCUGGCAAAGCAUGCUGUCAUGGAAUGAGAUUGGCUUGGCCUAGGCUUGAUGGUCUUUCAGAAGAGGCUAUGGGAAGAGGGAAAUAAUCACAAAGUGGCAGCUAUAUAAAAUAAUCAGCAUACCUUAGCCAGUAGGUUAGAGAAACUGGCAAUGGAUGAGCUGUAAGUCUUGAACUGGCAGUGAUAACAAAGGAGCUAACAGUUAUAAAACACCUACUAUGUGCUAGGUGCUUCAUAUAUAUUAUCUCAUUUCAUCCUUAAAACAGUCAUGCAAGUAUUCAUCUCAUUUUAAAUAUAAAGAAAGUAUAGCCCAGUGGGCUUGAGUAAGCAGCUUAAGGGCAUAUAGAUUGUAGUAAAUAACAAACUGUGAUUUGAAUCUAGACCUCUCUGACUCUACCCCCAUGAUAUAUUUUUUUUUUUCUUUUUGUCACACUGAAGUGUUUAAACAGAGGUCACACUACUGGAACUGGUAUGAUUUUUGACUCUUGCCUGCCUAACAAAUAUUAAAAGGUAAGCAUUUGAUGGAGGAAGAGGAUAUGAGUCCACUCUACAGGGAAAUGAAAAUUAGGCUGGAAGAUAUUCCUAAGUUGGGCUUUCUCUUUACCUUCAGAGUAUCUGUUUGGUAGUAUUUUUAAAAGGAUCAUCUAGUUUUACUUGUGAAGUAAAAUAAUUAUUUUUAAUUGAUAGUUGGUUAGUCCUUGGCUUAGCCAUUUUUCAAAGGGAAAAGAUCCUUGUGUGUGUCUCUGUACUUUGCCAAUACUUCACCAAAGUUGUAGCAUGUCCAAUUUCAAUCAAAGAAUUUGUGACAUGCAUACAUGCAGUUUGAGAAGCAGGAAAGGUCUCUAUGCCUCUGCAGUAUUUGAUGCCAUGGUGUCAAAACCCUACAUAAUUUUUUUUGGUGAUAAUAGUAAAAGGAGAUGAUUUAAAAAAAAAAGAUUAAAUUUUUAAUUUUGAAGUUAAAAAAGUUGUGCAUAGGGGGGUGUCCAGCCACUGAGGGGUGAAACUAAACAUCCAAUUUCAAUAGUAAAAUAAUGUCAAGUAGCGUAUUUCUAAAAUAAUUGGUCAUCAUGGGGAGAAAACCUUCCCUUUUCAAGUUCCCUGAUGCUGUAAUAACUAGAACAAAUAAAGUAGUAUAGGAAGCAGUUCUGUAACUAUUAAAUAAUUACUUGUGAGAGAAUGUAGAUCAAUGAUGCUACUAUAAAAGUAGCUGCAGACAAGUGGCCUUGACAUAUUAGAAGCCCAGAAAAAGCUUCAGAAACAAUAAAAAAAAUGCAGAGAUACAAGAUAACUUGAAGGAGACAUUUUAAGUGAAGAAAAGCUUUCAUUUUCAUGAGGAAAUGAAGCACUCAAUGCCAAGAACAUUAAUAGAGGACUCAAAAGAUUGCCUAUGUGAAAUGUAUGUGUGAAAUCAGAAAAAAAUGAAUGAGAUUCUUGGGCCCAUUCAUGUGACUUUCAAUAAAGUAUGCAGAC